AUGACCCAUCUGCGCUCCCUUGGCCUCACUACCGUGCUGCUCUCCCGCCAGCAUUUCUCGCUGAGAACCAGCCCCUCAGGGUGCGCGCCUGUUGCCUCUUCUGCUGCUAUUGACUUCCUCGGUGCUGAGGAGGUCGGUGCGGCGUCCGCUCCUAGCGGGAGGCGCAACAGGGGUGGGCGUCAGAGGACUAGGGGUGGUGGAGGUGGCGGAGGCCGUGGGGGGGCGGGGGUGGUGGGGGUAGCGGGGGUGGCGGGGGUGGCGGAGGAGGUGGGGGUGGUGGUCGUGGUGAAGCUGGCGGGGGUGGUGGCACUGGUGCGGCGUCUAGUGGAGCUGCGUCUGAUGAAGCAGCAGGUGAAGGUGGCGGUUCGAGGGGUGGACUGCAGCAGUCGCGUCGGCAGGAGAAUCCCUUAUCGUCAAUUUGUGUAG